AUGUCGACGGCGGCGGCGGCGGCUCCGCGAUCGGCGGCGGCGGCGGCGGCGGCUCCGCGAUCGGCGGCGGCGGCGCUUCGCGCGCGCGGCCGCGGCGGCGGCGCGAGCGCGUCGCGCGCGUCGCCCGCGCCCGCGCCCGGUCGUCGACGAUCCGUCGUCGUCGUCGAUCGCGGUGCCGACGACGAGCGAUUAGUAACGCGUCGUCCGCGUCGCCGCCGCCUCCUCCCGCUCCUCCGCGCGACGUUCGACGACGGCGACGGCGUGCCGUUCUUCGCGCUCUCGGACGCGUCGAGGGCGUCGGAGCUGCGCGCGGACGCGGACGCGAUCGCGGCGUUGCAGACGCGCCGCGACGCGGUGCUCCUGCCCACGACGUCCGGAAAGUCGUGGGUCCUGGAGGUGCGCCGCGCGCGAUCGGGAGCGGGAGCGGGAUCCGAUGCCGACGCCGAGGACGCCUCCUUCGCGGAGUCCGCCUCCUUCGUCGCCGCGGAGGCGCGGCUCGCGUCGCUCCCGGACGAGCUCCUCGCGGGGCGGGACCUGUCGUUCAUGGGGUUCCGAGGCGCGGACGGCGCGCCGCUGUUCACGACGGACGUGCCGUCGUCGGCCGACGACGAUCCGAUGGCGUAUGCGACGCGGAAAGCCGUCGCGGACAACUACGCGUCGAUGCGCCGCCAGCGCUUACAGACGGGCGCGAGCGCGGGCGAGGCGUCGCUGGCGGACGUCCUCUCGCGGAUACGCGUCGCGGACGCCAAGGCGGUCGGGCCGAUGAUGUCGCGCGACGACGCGGGGGUUCUCGCCGCCGCGCAGGCGCUGACGAGCUGGCAGCGAAACAAUAAAUUCUGUUCCAGAUGCGGGUCCCCGAAUAAACUCGUCAAGAGCGGGCACAAGGCGCAGUGCACGCGCAUUAACGACGACAAGUGCCGCGGCGCGGCGUACCCGACGCUCAUGCCCGCGGUGUUGACGCUGUGCACGUGCGGGGAGUACGCGCUGCUCGCGAGGAAUUCCAAGUGGCCGCGCGGGUUUUACAGCUGUCUCGCGGGCUUCGUGGAUCAAUCAGAGAGCUUGGAGCAAGCCGCCGCGCGCGAGGUGAUCGAGGAGAGCGGGAUCGGGAUCGUCCCCGGGAGCGCGACGUACGUCGCGUCGCAGCCGUGGCCGUUCCCGUGCCAGCUCAUGGUGGGGUUUCGAGCGGAGGUGGCGGCGAUAGCGGUCGGCGGGGAGGAGCGCUCGGACGGCGCGGGCGCCGGCGAGGCCAGCCUUCCCGCUUCCCGUUCAGGCGCGUUCUAUACACUGGUUCCCAUACGACCGCGUUGGCGUGAACGGCCCUCAUUCCCCGCGCGGUUCCUCUCGCCGCCGAACCCGACGCUGGACCGGAACGAGCUGCGAGACGCGCGAUGGUUUCACAAGGACUGGCUCCGCGCGCAGCUCGGGAAGAACGUGGACCCGCGCGAGACCCCGGGCGCCGGGGAGAUACCCGAGGGCGAGAUCGCGUUGCCAGGGCGGCACGCGAUGGCCAGGGCGCUCAUCGAACGGUGGGUCGAGGAGGAUGAGGUGCGUUCUAUACACUGGUCCCCAUACGACCGCGUUCGCGUGGUGAACGCCGAUCCUUAA